UUUCAGCUAAACAAUUCCUACCAGAAGUCACAAAAAAGAAAGCUUCCUAAUUAAUAAAGGAGAGCAGGAAAAACAGGGAGAGGGGGAAUGAAAAAAUAAAUAUGCCUCGGGCCAUUAUCAAAAUGGUAUGUUUGUUAGCAUUUGUCUGCAGUCUCCCGAGGCUUUUAGAGUCUCUACCUAUUUAACCCCGCUUCAGCUCCCACUUGCUUUGGCAGUCUCAAAUACAACACACUAGCUCUCUCUCUCUCUCUCUCUCUCUCUGUUUCUCCUCCACAUUGCCACUGAAAAUGAGGAGUGGGAUGAGUUCCAAAAGCUUAACACUUGUGGUUUUUAUUGCUUUUCUUGUUUGGUCUUCAAACUUUGAAGCCUGCAUUGCAAGGAGAGGAAAACACUGGAGACAGAGCAGGGAUGCCUCUGCUUCUCUAUCCAAGAAGAAAGGCAGUCAUGGAGGUAGCAAGAACCACCAUUCUGGUGGUUCCAACUCGAAAGCUCCUCCGUCACACAAUGCCUCUCCUCCAUCUCCAAUUCCUCCUAAACCAAAAGAAGAGAUCGUUCAAACUCCACCCAAGAAAGGCUCCAAUGGUGGCGAUUCUGCCAUAUUUAACGUACUAGAUUUUGGUGCUAAAGGCAAUGGAGAGACUGAUGACACUAAGGCAUUUGAAGACGCCUGGGCCGCCGCUUGUAAGGUUGAAGGAUCAAUGGUCAUGGUUCCGGCAGAGUAUGUGUUCUUCGUAGGACCCAUUUCCUUCUCUGGCCCAUAUUGCCAACCAGACAUUGUAUUUCAGCUGGAUGGAACAAUUAUCGCACCCACUGAUCACCAAACUUGGGGGAAAGGUCUCUUACAAUGGAUCCAAUUUACAAAGCUGGUAGGGAUUACCAUACGGGGAAGUGGCAUAAUUGACGGAAGAGGAUCCGUUUGGUGGCAAGAUUCCUCUUUCGAUGAGCCCAUAGAUGAUGAGAUGAAACUCAUUAUACCCAUAAACAAGACCAGAGAUGAAACAAAACCGAUAUCGCCGAUAGGAAGCAAUCUAGAAGGGAAAAUGCCAAGCAUCAAGCCAACUGCACUUAGGUUUUAUGGAAGCUUCAAUGCCACAGUCACGGGCAUAACAAUCCAAAACAGUCCCCAAUGCCACCUCAAGUUUGACAACUGCGUGGGAGUCCUGGUGCAUGAUAUCAGCGUCUCAUCUCCUGGAGACAGUCUUAAUACUGACGGAAUUCACUUGCAAAACUCCAAAGACGUUCUAAUCCAUAGCACCAGUCUAUCGUGUGGAGAUGAUUGUGUUUCCAUUCAAACUGGAUGCUCAAACGUAUACAUACACAAUGUGAACUGCGGGCCAGGACAUGGAAUCAGCAUUGGAAGUCUAGGAAAGGACCAUACAAAAGCUUGUGUUUCAAACAUAACAGUCCGAGAUGUCACAAUGCAUAACACGAUGAACGGUGUUAGAAUCAAAACAUGGCAGGGUGGAUCCGGCUCUGUUCAGAACGUUCUCUUCUCAAACAUUCAAAUGUCUGAAGUUCAAUUACCAAUUGUGAUCGACCAAUUUUAUUGUGAUAAAGCCAAAUGCAGCAACCAGACUUCAGCAGUGGCUCUAUCAGGAAUCAAUUAUGAGAGAAUCAGAGGGACUUACACAGUCAAGCCUGUACAUUUUGCCUGUAGCGACAACCUACCAUGUACAGAUGUAACACUGACUACUAUAGAGCUAAAACCACUGCAAGAGCACUAUCACUUGUAUGAUCCUUUCUGCUGGCAGACUUUUGGGGAACUGAGAACUCCUACUUCACCUCCAAUUGGAUGCUUACAGAUUGGCAAGCCAUCUAGCAACAGAGUUCAGUAUGAAGAAAAUGAUUCCUGUUAAGCCUAGACUAUAAUACUAAAUUCUUAGUAGUGUUUACGUGUGUGGUCCGCAUUUGUGACCCCUUUUUAUACUUCUAGAUGGUUAGAUAAAGCAUAUAUUCUGGGAAGAUCUAGUUCACAGGAAUCUUUCCAUAUAGGAUUAAAUAUAUCUGAAUAAUAUAGUAUAUAGGAGUCAAUGUUUAGCUCGAACAUUAUAGUUAGUAAUUAAAAAGCAGAUGUUUGAUGAUGCAGAUUUCCACUGUGCUAGAUGCUAUAAAGGUGGUUACGACCAAUCAUGGUCUACAUAAUCAAAA